AUGGCCUGUCAGGUAAUCUCACUCGGCGCAACUCUCACGCACCUUUGGGUCUUAGACAACACGAAUAGCCCUAAAGAUAUUGUACUCGGUUUUGAUGAUCCAAAAGCUUAUCGUACCAAGUACGAUCCUUAUUUUGGAGCGACCGUGGGAAGAACAGCAAACAGAAUUGCCCAAGGAGAGUUUUCAUUGCCUGACAAUCCUCAUGUUGUUUUCAAGCUGGAUCAAAACAAUGGCCCAAACUCCCUUCAUGGAGGUAUCGACGGUUUCUCUCAUCGAAAUUGGGAUGUUGUACCGCCAUUAGGUGACGUCUCGGAUGGUGAUGGAUGUCGAGGUACUAGUCUUCGACUGAGUAUGGUAUCGGAGCAUAUGGACCAAGGAUUUCCUGGCCGUCUCCGUGUCUACUGCACCUACCGCCUCCUCAACUCAUCGCUUGAGGUGGAAUACGAGGCGUAUCUCGAACAAACUGAAGAUCUACACCGAGAGCCAGUUGAAAUGACGAUUGUAUCUCUUACGAAUCAUACAUAUUUUAAUCUUAAUGGCAUACCCAGUACAGGGACAACAAACAAGUUUACAAUCACACCCAUUACGAACCAUGUAAUCGAAAUGGCACACAUUGACAGCUUCUUGGAGACCGAUUCAACUUCUGUUCCUUCAGGCAAAAUCCUGAAGCUUGAUGAAGUGCCAGCUAUGGAUUUUCGAAAGCCGAAAAGCAUUGGUGAUCAUUUCAAACAGGUCCCGGGUGACGGUCAAGGUUACGAUCACUUUUAUCCCGUACAAGCAGCCAUCAACAAUCCACACGACUAUUAUCUCAAAAAUGACGUAUGUCGUAUACCACCGACUGCUUUAGUAAACAUUUAUUCUCCAGAAUCUGGGAUCCACAUGGCUAUGACGACAACUGAACCUGGAUUCCAGUUUUAUACGGCUAACUUCGUUCAGGUUGAACCCAAUCAAGUCGACACUCGCAAGGCCCGGGGAGGCUAUGAACCGCAUUCAGGCUUUUGUCUGGAGGCAUCCAAGUUCCCUAACGCGAUCAAUCAUACCGAAUGGAGAAACCAGGUCAUCCUCCGCUCUGGAGACAAAUACCAAUCUAAAACCAUAUUUACGUUUUCAAUAAGAUAG